CGUAGCAAGCACCUUGAGAGAGAGCUCAGGUUCCAUGGAAUCCGUGCUGGUGGUGUCCGCUUCGCUUCGCCCCGCGUGCCAGUUUCAUGUCCCGUGCAUGUGAAAAGCCAUCUCCAGAUACCCACUUCCAUACAGUCUUAUUGCAUGAUUUCGACGAAGUAGUGCUUUACAGCUAGAGUUUCGAAGUUUGGAUCCACUCGCGGAAGCACUGCACGACGCGGGAUAGAAAGAAGCGUGUGUCACCGAAGGCAUUGUUGUUGCAAAUGGUGGAGUGGAGAUUAUGUAGUUCCAGAAGAGGUUGGGUAUUGUGGAGAUGGAGUUAGAGAUGGGUAUGGUGGACUGGGGUGAUUCCCGCAGGUGGUACUGUCCUAUUUAGGGUUUAUGAGUAGUUGGGUUUAGACGCAGGAGAUGGGAUUGUGGAGUAGUAGUCAAUGGAAGGUGAGGACCGUCAUAACGUGGUUCGCAAUUGUGUCUGUGGCCUGUACUGUAAUGAUGUAUGCAGCCGGAGGAUCAUGGAUGCAGCACAGUCUGAGACGCGGUUUUGAAGCGUACCAUUCGCAAUUCCAGAGCAGUGAUGUGGUUCGCGACAGGCAUGAACUGCCCUGGAGGAGAGAGAGCGCCCCGGCUGAGCUCGGUGACCAUGUAUGUGCGCUCUUGGAGGUUUUCUUGAAGAAAGAGUUGCUUGUCCCUGGGUGAGGAUGUAUGCGUGCCAAGACGAUUGGUAGUGAUGAACUUUAGUGGAGCAGGGAUUAGUGUUGAGUUUCCAGGUUUGGAGAAUAUUUUGGAGAGAGCCGCCAUGCCUGAUAGGACCAUAAUUUUGACAACGUUAAAUCAAGCAUGGGCGCAACCCAACACAAUGAUAGACUUGUAUUUGGAGAGCUUUCGUUCUGGAGAAGAAACCUCUCAGCUCCUUGAUCACCUGGUGAUCGUUGCUUUGGACCUGGUGGCGUAUGAUAAGUGUAAACUGCUACAUGCUUUCUGCUACAUGUUGAAGACGGAGGAUGUCGACUUUUCUGGGGAGAAGUUUUUUAUGACCGAGGAUUACUUGAAAAUGAUGUGGAGGAGGAUAUACUUCCUCAAAAUUGUCCUCGAAUUGGGGUUCAACUUUGUCUUUUCGGAUGCAGAUGUUAUGUGGAUUCGUAACCCCUUUCCUCGGUUCGACAAAUUUGCGGACUUUCAGAUAGCAUGCGAUGCAUACACAGGCAUACCUGAAGACAUGAAUAAUAGGCCAAAUGGAGGUUUUGUGUAUGCACGGUCCAACAAACGCACUAUUGACUUUUACAACUAUUGGUACAUGUCAAGGGUAGAUCAUCCAGGUUUGCAUGAUCAGGAUGUGCUUGGUAAAAUUAAGACAGAUCAAGACUUUCUGGAUAUUGGUCUUCAGCUUCGUUUCCUGGACACCCUCCAAUUCAGCGGAUUCUGCCAGAUCAGCAACAACUUCGAGCAGGUCUGCACGAUGCAUGCCAACUGCUGCACAGGGCUUCAGCGAAAGCUGAUGGACUUGCGUCUUGUAAUGGAGGAUUGGAGACGAUUCAAGCUCUUAACACCACAGAUGAAAUACCAUCAGAGAAUAUAUUGGCGGGCUCCUAGACAGUGCCUUGUUUCAAAGUUUGAAGAUAAACCAUAGUGUCAUAAAGUAGGGAAUACCAUGAUGGGAAUACUGUGUUGUAAAAGCAUGCAUUCAUUUCUGUGCACUGGUUUUACAACGUAAUCAAUGUA